AUGCCUCCGGACAAAGGCAAGAAACGUGCUCGGGAUGAGGACGUUGAGUCCAGCCGCUCAGAAUCACCACUCACAGACCUGCCUGAUGAGGAGCCAGGUCCUGCUCGAAAAUACCGCCGCCAACGAGAAACCCGCGAAUGUCCGGUCUGCAAUGAACGAAUCCCGACUCAUUUGUUGGCGGCCCAUGCUGACCUGGAAGCCGAACGAGUGGAAGCUAUAGUUCGACGCAUAGGCGAGACAGAUAUUGACAUUGAGCUGCUGGAUGCUCUUGAAGCAAUGACAGAGGAUUCCACCAUCGCAAUAUUAACCCGAGCGCGCAUACGAACCCGACAGUCCAGAGGCAACGCUCAGACUCCAACAGAGACAGACCGUGAUCUUGUCGCAGAAGCAUCGCACAAAAUUCAAGCAAUAAAACGGCACCGCAAACAACGUAACAUAAAACUCAAAGAGCUGAUCCGGGGAGACGAAGCUCCUUCGAGCAGUCAUGCCUCGUCGUCGCGACUGCGGGAAACUUGGAGAAGACGGGGAACAACAGGCGGAGGAGCAUGCGAAAUUGUUUGCCCAAUUUGUUUGGUUUCAGUGAGAGGAGAUACCGAUGUCCUGGAUGCGCAUGUGGACGCCUGUUUGGCGGAUCAAGCCAGGAGACUUGAAGAGCAGAGAAGAGAGCAAAUGUCGGAUCGAAGGGCUGCAAGAAGAGUUGAGCGCAGCCUUGAUGUCAUGGUAGUUGACGAAGCCGACGGCCCUGGCCAUGUUGGUGAUGUCCGGGGCACCGGUUUUGCAACCCGGGAUCCAAACGCUCAGGAUAUCGAUGAUGAAAUCGACAUUGACGGAGACGAUGAAGAGGUUUUUGGUGGUAUCCAAUUUACUGAACGCGACGUUGUGAAUGCGUUCCCAGCAACAGAACGAAUACGUCCCACUGAGGAUGGCGAGGAUAUGGAGGUGGACAUAGACGGGGACGGAGAAGAGACUCUGCGUGAGCUCGUCGCUCAAGGAAAAGUGAUCAAGCGGGACCGACCAGCCCAACAGGUUCUGGAUAGUCACCGGCAGACGUGUGACGAGGUGGACAAACUUGAGCUGGCUAUUUUGACAGCGAAGAGUCGCGGCGACCAGGCAUCACUCAUUGGGCUACUUCAAAGCAAGAUUAAACUUCUCGAAUCUCGCACCCCUUCCGUUUGCCGCAUCUGUAUCGAAGCUUACACCGACCCCACGGUUUCGACGGGUUGCUGGCAUACCUGUUGCAAAGAAUGCUGGCUCCGCUGCCUUGGCUCGACAAAACUAUGCCCAAUAUGCAAGCGGAUAACCGCCGCCACAGAUCUAAGGAGGAUAUAUUUGUAA